UACAAAUACGUUUUAAUUGGUUGAUUCAUUAAAUAGUUCUGAGACAUGGUUUGUGCUCAGCAUGCUCAGCAAGGAUCCUCCCCCUAAAUCCAGACGUCCGGGCUCGGACCCCUGCUAUUUAAGCGGGAGACCACAGUUAGUACCUAGGUAGUUAGUGCCCAGGUGGGGGUGAUACAUGUAGGUAGGCUCUUUCAAGCCAGCAAGCCUGGCUCUUUCCCAUUUUCCUUAGUACCGUAAUACCGCAAACAAGGGUGUUCCCACGCGCAGUAUCGCGUCUCAAGUCGCGUCUCUUCCAUUAAAUCUUAAUUGCCAUCUAAUUUCUCUCCAGCUUAUUUGCAUUUGAUGGUCGACGGUUGACCCGCAGUCCUAUUUCCCCUCCAGACCGUUGCACUAAGCCUAAGUUUCUCCGAGAGUAGUAAUUAUCCGGCUCUGGAAUUCUUACGUCGCUGUCGACAUUCGAUCCCAAGUACUAUAACACACCCAAGUCUGGUCCAACAAACCCAACCCUACGUAGUAAUAGGGCAACAACCAUGCCUUCCGCAACCAUCAAGCGCUCUCGUCGCGCUGCAUUCGAUGAUGACGAUGACGAUGACGAGGAUACUAUCGCCCAAGCUAGCUCAAGCUUAAAAAACGAAGCUCAACGAAAGAAGGCACGAAUCUCGAACGCAGGCCCCAGUACGAAGUCGACUCGGGAAUCUCGCCAAGAGAGUCCAUCCAGCUCCGAAGAAGAUGAAGUUAUGCAGGAACCGGAAGAAUCGGAAGAGCCAGCCGCGACACAAUAUGAAAUGAUGCGAGAUGCCGGGUUCAGACAUCUCGAGAAUCCUGAUUUAGAUGAUCAACGAGCAACACAACGAUUGAAGAAUCGCCCUCACAUGUUGGGCGAAAAUCAGGUGGCUCUCAACGCUAUUAUCGAGAGUAUCACCUGCAUAAACUUUAUGUGCCAUACAAAGCUACACGUCGAUCUAGGGCCCCUACUUAACUUCAUAGUCGGAGAGAAUGGAAGUGGCAAGAGUGCUAUCUUGACUGCCAUAACGCUUUGCUUGGGUGGAAAGGCAUCUGCAACGAAUCGUGGCGGUAGUCUACGAAGCUUCAUUAGAGAAGGCCAGGAACACGCCAACCUAAUAGUGAAGAUAAAAAACCAAGGCCCCGACGCCUUCAAGCCCGAUUUAUACGGAGAAUCGAUCAUUGUUGAACGAUACUUCACUAAAUCUGGGUCAAGUGGUUUCCGAUUGAAGGCUGGCACUGGUACCAAUAGGAUUAUCUCGACCAAAAAGGGGGAUGUAGACGAUAUUGUCGAAUACUAUUGCCUUCAGGUCGAUAACCCUCUGAAUGUGCUCUCCCAGGAUAAUGCACGCCAAUUCCUCAACGCUGCUACCCCGGCCGCUAAGUAUAAGUAUUUCGUUCAAGGUACCCAAUUAGAGCAGCUCGACCAAGACUAUCAACUUCUUCAAGAAACACUCGAGGCCAAUGAGACAAGAUUGCUCGCAUUCCAAGAGAGCAUUCUAUUCCUCAGGGAAAAGAGUGAGAAGGCCGUGAAGUUAAGGGACGCCGUCACUAAGAGUACAGAGAUGCGAAGACAGUCAAAAGUCUACUCGCAUCAAUUAGUAUGGGCUCAAGUCAAGGAGCAGGAAGCCCUUUUUCAACAGAAGGAAGAUGGUGUAGUCGCAGCCCAGCAAGAAAUCGAACGGAUGGAGGCCACAAUUACAGAGAAGACGGAGAUACUCGAGACGAUCGACGGGAAGAUCCAAGAAGCUGACGAUGCCCUAAACCUACUUCGCCAAGAAGAGGGUCAAUUCAAAGAGCGAGAAGAAGAGGCCAAGACGAACUAUACUAACGCUCGGGCAUUAAUUGAGCAGACACAUACACAAGAGAGGGACAUUCACCAACAGUUGACCAAUGCCUCCCAGAAGGUUAAAGACUAUGAAAAGAAGAUACAGGAGGAAGAGCGCCGUCUUGAGGAAGCAAAUGGUGGGGCUCUUGCUGAAAAGCAAAAUGAGCUUGAAGUCGCAAAUCAUGCCAUAGAAGAAGUCAGGGAAGCCCAGAAGGCCCAUGCCGAGCAAAGCCCCGAUGUCCUCAGAGAGCGUGACGAAGCCCAGAAACAGGUCAUGGAUGCUGAAGGUUUAGUCAGACAGAAACAGCAAGAAGUGACGGCAGCCGAGGGCCGGAUAAGAGAUUUAUCGCAGAAUCGUAGCGAUCCGUUCGCCGGUUUUGAGCCUCGAGUUCGUGAUCUUUUGCGAAUCAUUGACAAUGACACCGGCUUUUCACAGAAACCCAUCGGCCCGAUUGGAACAUGUAUACAGCUAACCAAACCCAGUUGGUCCGCCAUCCUCGAGAAGAUAAUAGGAGCAUCUCUCAAUGCAUUUAUCGUCGGAAGCCGAUCCGACCAAGCACGACUGUCAUCCCACAUGGAAAGGCUGGGAAUUCGAGGUUGUCCCAUAUUCACAGAUUCGAGAACCCGAAUCAACAAUUUAAAAGAACCCGACGAAAGUUUUGAUACUAUACUGAGAGUUUUAAAGAUCGACGAUCUGCGCGUAAGAGAUCAAUUGGUCAUCAAUCACCUGAUUGAGCAGACAAUCCUCAUUGAAAGUCGGCCAGACGCGGAGCGAGUCAUGUUUGACGGUCAUCAGCCUGAGAAUGUCGUUGCUUGUUUGUGUUUCCAUGAUACGAAAAAAAACCAAGGUCUGCGACUUACAAGACGUGGCCAAUCCCUUGCCACUAACCCUGUCAUACCUAAUUUUGACCAACAAUCUCGGAUGAAGUCAGUCGACGAAGAAUCGCAAAUUAAUUAUUUCAAGGAGUCCCUAGAGCAACUUCGAACAGAAUUUCGAGAACUAGAGGCGUCAAGAAGAGCUCUCCAGCAAUCAUCGCAACGCUGCGCGCAAGCAGUCAAUCAGCACAAAAAGCAAGGAAUGAAUCUCGAGAGACAGCUGCGCACAGCUCAGGCCCGAGUCACCCAUAUCGAGGAGGAACUUGACAAAUUCGAAGGCGUCGAUAACAAACUGCAAGGGUACAAGAACGACCUUCAGGAAGCCCAACUCCAAAAAGAUCACUACGGUAAUCAGUACGGCGAGCUAGCUAUGCAGAAGCAAGAGAUGAACAAGGAGGUAGAGAAGAUCAACGACUUAUUCAAGAGGGCCAAAUUGGAUUCUCAGGAGCAUAGAGCAAGGAUCACCAAGGCCGAAGAUAAGGUAAAGAGGUUUCAAGAAACCCGCCGGGUGGCCUUGGUGGAAAAGAACAAAGCCUACGAAAAUCGAGAUCUUGCAAAAGCUGGAAAAGUCGAAGCAGAAAGGUCCAGAGAAAGGCAAGCGGAAAUAGUCGCAGAUUAUAUUCGACAGGCGAGUGAGGUCUGUGUGGAGCGAGCCUUUAUACCUGAAGGAGAAACUGUUCAAAGUAUUGAACGUAAAUUCGACACCGUCAGGGACCAAUUGAAGAAGAUCCGUAGUCAGCUAGGUGCGUCGGAGGAAGAGAUCCAAAAUCGUGCCUCUCAGGCAAUCCAGGAAUACCGAGAAGCCAAGAAGAGCCAUAAGAGUCUCACUUCACUAGUGGAUGAAUUGAAGAAGGCCUUGAUGGAUCGGCUACGCAAAUGGCGAACGUUUCAGAGACUCAUCUCUGCACAUGCUCGAUGUAACUUCAAUUAUCUUUUAAGCGAGCGUGGCUUUAGAGGUGAACUUUUCCUUGACCACAAAGCCAAGAGACUUCGAGUUCAAGUUGAGCCGGAUGAGACGAAGAAGAGCAGUGCGGGUCGAAACACAAAGACGUUGUCCGGUGGAGAGAAAUCCUUUUCGUCCAUAUGUCUUUUACUCGCCAUCUGGGAUGCGAUGGGAUCACCACUGCGAUGCCUCGACGAGUUUGACGUCUUCAUGGACAAUGUCAACCGUGCCAUUAGCACUAACAUGCUAAUAACUACGGCACGUCGUUCCGUCGGGAAGCAAUUCAUCCUCAUUACACCCAACGCCAUCGAGGGCAGAGCAAAGAUCGAUAAGGACGUCAAGAUCAUCAGGCUCACGGACCCUCGACAGCAGCUUCUUGCGAAUCCUUAGUAGUUCGAUAUACAAUCAUGAUAUCAUGUAGGAUUCUAGGGCAUCCAUCCGGUUACCGGCGUUCUACGGUUAUAUCCUAAGGUGUUCAGGUGACGGUAGGCUUCUACGGGUUUUAGAAGCUUCCAAAAAGUA